AUGAAGCGAGAGGAGGCAAAUGAGCUUCUCAAGACAUAUGGUCUACGUCCAGUUGAAGUGCAUACAACAGAGACAAUUGCAGCAGGCAGCCAGGAGCUAUUGCACUUUUCAGAUUGCCUCAAGAAUUACUACACCAAAUUUCCAACAAAAAACUGGAACUUUCCCAAAAUCCAUACACACAAGCAUGCUUUUGCAGAUAUUCUUGCCAAGGGUGUAACCCGGAACUACAGCACAAAGCCAAAUGAAAAGAAACAUGGACCUAUCAAGACAUCUUACCUCCUGCGCUCAAAUAAGAAAGAUGUCGCAAACCACAUAAGGCUGAAAUGA